AUGGCGUCAAACGCUGUGGUAUCUUCCCACCACUCGCAGGGCCCUGACGCCCAGAAUAUGGACGGUGUAGGCCAGUACCUCUACCAAAACAAAAACGGGGCUGACAUCACCAUUGUCUGUGGUGACAACAUCAUCAUCAAGGCACACCGCGUCGUCAUUUGUACGCGUAACCAAUUCUUCAAAGGUUGCUGCGGCCUUGAGACCGGAACAGAUCGCAUCAAUCUCACCGAGGAUGCAGAGACGGUCGAGGGCAUUCUUGAACACUUGUAUGGCGUCGAGGUGUCGCUGAUCGAGGGUCGUGAUAUACAUAGCAAGUACGGCGGCGAAUACUCGCAGGUCAAGAUCCAGAAGAAUCUGGAAAAGCUUACCCGCCUUUAUGUGGCCUCGGACAAGUAUGCCAUCAGGAAUCUUAUGAACGAUAUUGCGGGGACCUUCUGCUACCGCUUCAAGGCGAUCGGCGACUCGGACCUGAUCCUCCACGUCGCAGCUGACGUCUAUGAGAAGACUUCGGUCUUUGAUGUCAGCCUCAGGGCUGAUGUCGUCAACCACGUUCAGGUGCACCUCGACAUAAUUCUGGCUACUGAAGAGACGUUUAUGGUGCUAAUGAGCAAUACCGAUCUCGCCCGAGACAUCCUCAAGCGCGCGGCCCCGUUCCUGCGUAAGGAGACAGAGGAUUUGACCUCGGAAGGAUCCAGUGGCUCGAGCGACCAGAACUCACCGACUCCAAAGAAGAGGAAGUUCGACUAUGCUCCGAGGAACAGGACGAUUUGA